GUCUCGUUAAAAUUCAAUAGCUCCAACAGCUGAGGAUUUGCCAAAUUAAGAACCCCUGAAUGGCGACGUUGAAAAAGAUGGUGUUUCUCGCAUUUGGACCCGAAUUUUCGUCACUGCACUUUUGCAACCCCACGCUCAUUGAUCUGUUGGUUAUUCAACCACGUCCACUCGUUCCACGAUGCGUUUCUCACUUCAAUCCUUGGCCAUCUGCUUGGUGUCCACUCAGGCUCAUUCUGUUCUUGCGUCACCUUGCAGGCCUUUGACGACUACUUCGCUGGCUGCUACCACCACGACUACUGCUGUCGAGGAAGCCUCGACAACUACUGCGGUCAGCGAAGAGUCCACCACUACGAUUGCGGGAGAGACUACCACUGUCGCCCUCAGUGAAGCCACCACCACUACUGCCCUUUCUGAUCUGUCCACCACUCUCACGCUUAGCGAGGCUUCAACCACCACUGCACUUGUUGAGGGGUCGACUACCACCACUCUAGCUGAAGAAUCGACUACAACCGCUCUCACCGAGGAGCCAACUACCACUGCGUUUGAGUCGACUACCACGACCGCUGCUGAGACCACCACUACAACGGAGGCCCUCGAAGGAACUCAAAUGGCGGCAGUCUUCGCCGAUAACACUGAGAAGGAUACCUAUCUUGAUAAAUAUGGUGGUACCUACAGCACUCCUCAGUCAGGAGGCUCAACCUCCAAAGCCCGCUUCGAGCUUGAGCCCGACACUAACAGACUCUUCAGCCAUCUCGUUGAUGGCACCAAAGUCUACCUGUACACUGUCAUCCCGGAUGGUCCCAACUAUGCCUUCCAGUUUGACACUGCGCAGACCAUCGACAGUGUUGAUGUUUACCACUACGUUCUGUGCACAGCUGACGCCAGUAACGUCCUCAGCUGUGCUUCCGAGAGCGGUCCCACUCCGAUUGUUUGGUACUGGGUGGAGAGUGCUGCGAGAUACUACGGAAACAGUAGUCCAACCUAUGAUUCGUUUCCAAUCGUUCAUUUCAAACUCGGGUAAUUCACUCACAAAAUCAUUCUCUGCGUGGCAUUACUCUCAGGGUAGUAUGUGUCGUUACGUGGAAGUAAGAGAAGUCGAGGAAGGGAAUUGGUGGCAAGGAGUUAAUGCAAUCAAGCUUACAUGUUCUAUGUAUAUAGUAAUUCUACAAACUGCUUUAGACAUAAUCAUCUCAUUAUGCAAUAUAUUCUCCAUACUUUUGUUAUUUAA